AUGGCACCCGCUCCGCGUCGUGAUCUCCUCGCAAAGGAACAUUUCGCAUUCGUCUUUGGCAGCGUCAAGACCCAAAAUUACCAAGAUCCUGCUGCAAAAGGACCUGGUUCACACACCAUCCGUACACUAGCAUGGAAUCCCACCGGCCAGCUGAUUGCGACUGGCUCCGCUGACCGCACCCUGCGCAUUUGGAACCCUGAACGCCCUGCUCCUCGAUAUUCAACCGAGCUCCGUGGCCAUUCCGCGGGUAUAGAGAAGGUCCUAUUUAACCCCGUCCGCGACGCAGAAUUGGCUAGCUGCUCGACAGACGGCACAGUGCGCUUCUGGGAUGUGCGCUCUAAGACAUGCGUGAGCCGACUUGACGUUGGCGGCGAAGCCUUCACCUUGUCCUGGUCUGCCGAUGGCAGCGCAAUGGUCGUCGGAAAGAAGUUCAAUCCCCUUCAUCCCCCCCACAUCAUCACCGACGGAAGCAAUGGCACCAGUCUGAACUCUUUCUCAGCUUCCAAGCCCGGCACAAGUACAUACACAGCCCUCACUCCCCACCCUCAACCCGUCCAAACCAAUGCCACAACUUUCUCCCACCACAUCGCGUCCCCUUCCUCUCCCGACCUACACCUCUUCGCGACAACCGGCGACGGAACCGUAAAAAUAAUGUCCUACCCCUCCUUCGAUAUCCUCCACACCCUCAACGCACACACCUCAGCCUGCAUGGCCGUCUCCCUCGCCCCAACGGGCCGGUAUCUCGCAAUCGGCGGCAGCGACGCCUUAAUCUCGCUCUGGGAUACAACAGACUGGAUCUGUCGCCGGACGCUAUCCAGCGAAAACGGCGGCGGGAUCCGGGGUGUUAGUUGGAGCUUUGAUAGUCGCUUCCUUUGCGGUGCUUGUGAUGAGCUUGGUUGUGGCGGGAAUGGUCUGGAGAUCUUCCAUGCUGAGACGGGUGAAAGCGUUUACACUAUACCCUUGACCGGUAUGAAUGCCGGGGUUCCUGCUGUUGCCUGGCAUCCUUCUCGCUACUGGUUGGCCUACUCAACUACCAAUGACGGCCCUGGUAGUGGUGGCCCUGGUGGCUUGAAGAUUGUCGGUGCUGGUGGUGGUAGCCUCUGA